UUCACACGUGCCCUCGCAUGCACUUGAAGCUAGAGAAUGGUCGAGCGGAGAUACGAUCGAUAGGACGAGUUCCAAUGGAAGGGACAAGUGUGCUCUUCUAUUGUGACCCUGGAUUCCUACUUGUAGGUUCCAGUCACAGCAUGUGCACGAAAACAGGAAAGUGGGACCAGCCCAAGCCAACAUGUCAAGUCAGGCGCUCGGAUUCUUCACGUAAGAGAACGCUGCACGUUGGUGCUCUCUUCCCCAUGAGUGGGGGUUGGCCUGGGGGUCAGGCCUGUCACCCGGCGGCGCAGAUGGCAUUGGAGGACGUUAAUAUCAGGAGGGACAUCUUGCCGGAGUACGAGCUGAAACUCAUUCACCACGACAGCCAGUGUGAUCCAGGGCAGGCAACAAGGCACCUGUACGAGUUACUGUAUAAUGAUCCUAUUAAGAUCAUGUUAAUGCCCGGAUGCAGCAGCGUGUCUACUCUUGUGGCCGAGGCAGCGCGCAUGUGGCAUCUCAUUGUGCUCUCCUAUGGCUCCAGUUCACCUGCUCUCUCCAACCGCCAGCGAUUUCCUACUUUCUUCCGCACUCACCCGUCCGCAACUUUACACAAUCCCACCAGAGUCCAACUCUUCAAAAAAUGGGGAUGGACCAAAAUAGCGACCAUACAGCAAACUACUGAAGUCUUCACCUCUACUUUAGAUGACCUCGAGGAACGUGUAAAAGAAGCCGGAAUUGAAAUCACUUUUCGGCAGAGCUUUUUCUCUGAUCCAACAGUGCCUGUAAAGAACCUGAAGAGACAGGACGCAAGAAUAAUUGUUGGUUUAUUCUACGAGACAGAGGCGCGCAAAGUGUUUUGUGAGGUGUACAAGGAACGUCUCUUUGGUAAGAAGUACGUCUGGUUUUUGAUUGGCUGGUAUGCAGACAACUGGUUUAAAAUUCCAGACCCAGCUAUCAACUGCACAGUGGAAGAGAUGACCCGAGCUGUAGAGGGUCAUGUGACUACUGAGAUUGUCAUGCUAAACCCUGAGAACACUCGUGGUAUCUCCAACCUGACAUCUCAAGAGUUCAUGGAGAAGCUAAAAAAACGUCUUGGUAAGAACCCAGAGGUGACGGGUGGUUUACAAGAAGCACCACUUGCAUACGAUGCCAUAUGGGCUCUUGCCCUCGCCCUCAACAAGACCGCGUAUGAACUUUCUAAGAAAGGCCUACGUUUGGAAGACUUCAACUACAACAACGUCGUAAUAAGCCAGGAGAUAUACAGGGCCAUGAACUCCUCCUCUUUUGAUGGUGUCUCAGGGCAUGUGGUCUUUGAUGCUAGUGGCUCCCGUAUGGCGUGGACACUCAUUGAGCAACUGCAAGGUGGCGUUUAUAAAAAGAUUGGGUAUUAUGACAGCACAAAGGACAAUCUAUCGUGGUAUAACAAUGACAAGUGGAUCGGGGGAUCUCCUCCAACUGAUCACACUAAAGUUAUCACCACAUUUCGCUACGUCUCACAGAAGCUCUUCAUCUCUGUUUCUGUUCUUGCGGGUCUCGGCAUCCUUUUGGGAUUCGUCUGCCUUUCAUUCAACAUUUACAACAGUCAUGUGCGGUACAUCCAGAACUCUCAGCCUCAUCUGAACGAUAUGACCGCUGCUGGCUGUAUACUCGCUCUCGCUGCUGUAUUCCCACUCGGUCUGGAUGGUUUUCAUAUUCAGACUUAUCACUUUCCUCUUGUGUGUCAGGCUCGUCUUUGGCUCCUGGGUUUAGGCUUCAGUCUGGCAUACGGCAGUAUGUUUACUAAAAUCUGGUGGAUACACACAGCCUUCACUAAAAAGGAUGACAAGAAAGAGAGGAGGAAGCAAUCUCAGACGCUUGAGCCUUGGAAACUGUACACAACCGUUUCUCUUCUCUUGGGUUUGGAUAUUAUAACUCUGGGCAUCUGGCAAAUUGUGGAUCCUUUACAGCGCACUAUUGAAGAGUUCACUAAAGAAGCCCCACAAGGCGACUUGGAUGUCCUCAUUCUCCCUCAGUUGGAACACUGCAGCUCUGUCAAAAUGAAUACCUGGCUUGGUAUUGUGUACGGCUCUAAGGGCCUUCUCCUUCUCCUGGGAAUAUUUCUUGCCUAUGAAACCAAGAGUGUCUCCACUGAGAAAAUCAAUGACCAUCGAGCAGUUGGAAUGGCCAUAUAUAACGUGGCUGUCCUCUGUCUUAUCACUGCUCCAGUUACAAUGAUUCUCAGUAGUCAGCAGGAUGCGGCCUUUGCCUUCUCUUCUCUAGCCAUUGUCUUCUCAGCUUACAUCACUCUUGUUGUGCUUUUCGUGCCCAAGAUGAGACGUCUCAUUACUCGUGGAGAGUGGCAGUCCGAACAGCAGGACACUCUCAAGACUGGCUCAUCCACCAAUAACAACGAGGAAGAGAAAUCUCGACUGUUGGAGAAAGAGAACCAAGAGUUGGGAAGGAUUAUCGCUGAGAAAGAAGAACGGGUAAUGGAUUUGCGUCAACAGCUACGUUCUCGCAGGAGAACAUCCGUAACAGCCCGUGAAAACUGUUCCGACAACCACUACCCCAACUCCUCUGGGGCAGUAUCUUCUCUCUAUCAGCCAGGCCUCCCUCUUGCCAGAUGUCUCGUAGCUGAGGGAGGAGACAAACUAGGAAGGAACAGUUGUGAUGGGAGUAGAGUGCAUCUCCUGUACAAAUAAAUUUCUUUGAGUGUUCCAUGAAAAAUGUUAGCUGUAAAUAGUUGGAAGAACACAGUGUGGCCUCUUUAAGUUGUUCUCUUUCUUAUCCAGAAUAUCUCAUUCCCUUCUAUUUCUCACUCUCCCCUUUUGUCUUUACAUUAUCUUUGCUCUCUUCAUCUUGAUAAAUAGAUUUCUGGAGUACUUAAGCCUUAUCAAGCCAAAUCUUCAUGUUGAUGCACAAGUGGUGCCCAGUUGACUGCAAGGAUAUGGCCAUGCCACCUACAUAUCCUCAUUGACACUGAAAACCACCAUUUCACAUGUGAUGGCUGGCCCUAUUGUUUCUUCUGUAGAAAUUAACAUUCUAGAUCAAAAUGCCAACUAUAAACAUUACUGAAAAAGGAGAAUUUGUUGUUAAGAAAAUAAAUCAACAUGACUUUAUAUACACAUAUAGAUGCCUCCCAAUUAUCUGUACUUUGCUGGACAAUCCAGAAUGAGAACGUGCAGCCCUUCCCAUCUUCUUGAACCUUCUACUCUCCUAUACAGAUUACAAUGUAGGGAGUGGUGUACACGAUUGCACACCACACCCUUUAGGGUGUGCCUCCCAAUUCACAAAAUACCAGUUGUGAUGUUAACAAUAUAAACAAAUCACAAUAGACUAAAAUAUAAAGGCAAUGAAUACAAACAGUAUCAGAAGGUAGAACACCAAACACAGUAUACUAUACAAUUUAUAUUUGUAUGUAAGUGUCCAUCAAACAAACAGGUCCCAAAAAUGGAGGCGGCAGCACUCUGUCAAAGGAUGGUCAUCCUGAUGGUCAGA